AUGGAAAAAGAAAUACUCCUGUCUUUAGCUCAUAAUGCUAAUGCACAGAUAAAAAAUGAAAUAGCCGAAUUAGACGAUGAAAUAAUUUUUUUAAACACCAAAUUAGGAAUAGAUAAAGAUAAUACCAUAUCCAAUAUUGUAAAAGCAAGAUGUAGUAAAAGGAAAGAAAAAAAAUCGGAAGAAUUAAAUAAUUUUUUUUUUAAAUAUAUAAUGUUUUUAUUAUCUAACAAAAGUAAUGACAAUAUAGGGGACAUAGAUGAAACCCAUUUUUACAACAUGAUACAAAAAAAUGCAGAAAAAGAUGGAGAAAAAAACAAUGUACUAGUGAAUCAAAAUAUAUCUAAUAAAAAACGAGACGAGAAUUUUUUAAAAUGUAUGUAUAAAAAAAAGGAUGAACUAGAACAAAUUUUAGACUUAAUUAAAUUGAAUGAUCUCGAAAAUUUGAGUGAUAAAGCAUCACAAGAUAUAUUUUCAAACUUAAUGUUAAAAUUAAAGAAUAUGGAUAGUGUUAAAAGUGAAAAUAUUUUAAAUGUUGAAGAUAUAGAUAAAGAAAUGGAGGAAUUAAAUAUAUCUGAAAAAAUGAAACAAAAACUUUUGAAAUAUUUAUUUGAAAAUAUUAAUGACCCAUAUGGCAAAACAUAUGAUUUAUCUACUGCACCUUCAACCGUUUCAUUAGUCGAUACGACUAGCGAAAAAGAAAGUGAUUCAGAAGGAUUUAGAAAAUAUAAUAAUAUGGGACUAAAAUUUAAUGAAUUCUUUAAAAAUAGUGACCCCACAUUUAAUAGUCUUUAUACUAAUAGAAGUGAAUUAGAUGGAAAAAAUAACAACAAUCAUAAUAUUUCUUACAACAAAAAAUCACCAUCUUCUGUUUCUAUCUUUUUAAAAAAAGGUAGUCAUAAUAUAUUAUUAAAUAAAUUUAAUGCGAGUAGAAAAAGUUUUAGUGAGUCACGUCAACAUCGAAAUCAAUCAUGCUCAAGUAAUAAAGCAUUAAUGAGAAAAAAAAAAAAAAAAAGUACAAACCAGACAAAAGAACAAGCUAUUAAUAUGUCUGAUAGUAACAACUUGAUAAAAAUGCACAAUUUUGAAAAUAAUCAGAAUUGUAAUAAUAAGGAAAAACCAACUUCAUUGAAUAAUAGCAGUCCUACACAGGGUGAAAAUAAAAAUAACAAAAAUAGUUUUUCAAAAGAGAAAGAUAAAAAUGGUGGGUUUAAAAAAGUGAAUGAAGAUAUGCCAUCAUCUUCUUCGUCCUCUUCAUCAUUGGAAUCAAAUUCGAUACGAAAAUUUUCAAAGGAUAACAAAACAGUUGGGGUUAAAAAGUUAUGUUUAAAAAUUAAUGAAAAAGGUAAAGGGCAUUUUACUAUUAAUAAAAAAAAAGGAAAAAAUUGUUCGAAAUAUAUUUAUGAUUUUGAGAUUGUAUAUGAAAAUGAUGAGGUAUCAAACCAAAAUGAAUCUGAGAAAAAUAUUAGUGAAAAAGAAAAAAAGAAAAAUAUAUUUCAUCUAUCUUUUCUUACAAAUGGAAAAAAAGUUUAUAAAAUUAAUAAGUUACAUAUGAAAGAUUUGAAAAUUACAAACGAUGGAAAAAGUGGAAAAAUAAGUAUAGCACUUGGGCAAAACAAAAAAGGAUUGUGCAAUUCCUUAGAUAGUAAUAAGGAAGACGAAGAUAAUCUUUCAGAGAGUGAUAGAAAAAAUGGUAGGAAGAGAAAUAUAUGGAAUAAAUAUAAGUUGAAAAAAAUAGGAAGUGGAUAUAGACAGAUAAAAAGAUUAUAUUCGAAAAAAAAAGAUUAUAAUAUUGAAUUUAAUGAGACAAAUAAAAUUCGAGGAUUGUAUAUACAUAUGUUAGAUCGACAAAAUCAAUUAGAAAUCGAAAAGGAGUUUUAUAAAAAAGAAUAUGACAAAUUACAAGAGGAUGUAAAAAAUAAUACAGCCCCAAUAAGUGAAUAUUUAAAAGAAGAAAAGUUAAAACAUUUUGAAAGAGAAAAAGUGUUUUAUAAAAAAGAAAAACAAUUUAUAAAAAAAAAAAAUCUAUUAAAAAAAAAAAUGUUAGAAAUAGAAAGCCAAUUAGAAAUGAUAGAAAAAAAACUAGCUAUAGAAAAAGAGAAAAAUGAAAAAUUAACUUUACAAAUACAAGAUGAAAAAUAUGAAAUUGAAAAGAGAGAAAGUGUAAAUGAAUCUAAAAUAAAAGAUUUAAAUUCAAAACUUAAUCAAUUAAAUAAAUCUAUAUUAUUAAAACAAAAAGAAAAAGAUGACUUGCUAAACAAAUUAAAUAUUUUAAAGGAUGAAGAUAUUGGAUUUGGAAAUUUUAAAAAAAAUCUUUUAGACAAAAUUAAUAAAACAAAUGUUGAUAUAAAAUAUUUAGCAGAAAUAUUAGAGGUACUAACUAAAGAGUUAGAAAAAAAAAAUAUUUUACAAAAUUUAAAUGAGAAAAAAAUUAAAGAAUUAGAAGAAAAUUCACAAAAAACGGAAAACCUAUUAAGAAUAACAAAAGAUAAAUUAGUUUUAGAAAAAAAAAAAAAAAAAAAUUUAUUCAAAGAAAUUACACAUUUAAACAGAAAAAAUACAGAAUUAGGAAAAUGUAUUAAAGAUCUAAUGUUAAGACAAAAUUCUGAAAUAAAUUUUAAAGAAAAUGAAAUGAAUUUAACUGGUUUUUCAUCUGAUUAUGAGCAUAAUCAAAACAAAAAAAGUACUUUACUUUAUGAUAGUACAUCAAAAACAAAUGUAAGUCUUGAUAAUGAUAAUUAUAAUAAUAUGCUUCAUUAUAAAAUCAAAUAUAAUUCCAAUAAUAAGAAAAAAAAAAACUCUAAAAAUAUCGACUUAAAUAAUUCAAAAAGGGAAUAUGAUCCUUCCAGUGAUAAAGAUGGUACAAUUAUAUCUGACAACUCUUCUUUAUUUUUAUUUAAUCCAAAUACAAAAAAUAAAAUUUCAUAUAGUGACUUGAUAGAAAGUAUGGACGACUUAUCUGAUGAUGUUACUCCGGCUUUAAAACAUAACAUUGUUUGUAGCUUUAAAGCAAGAUAA